AUGGCGAUAACGCACAGCAAAGGACAACGACUGGAUGUGUGGAUUUUCUUUUGUCUGACGCUGCUGGUUGUGAUGAAACUGGAGGGAAUCUCUGCUCAAAUCCGGUAUUCUAUCCAGGAAGAAGUGAAAUUAGCGACGCCAGUGGGAAACGUUGCCAAAGACCUUGGAUUAGAUCUUGGACGACUGGUGGAAAGAAACCUUCGUGUCGUGUCAGGAACAAAGCAGGAUCUGUUUAAGGUAAAUGCCAGAGAUGGGGUUUUGUUGGUAAACCAGAGAGUGGACAGAGAGGAGCUGUGCGCAAAAAGCGCUCCGUGCGUCACAAAUCUGAAAGCAGUGGUCGAAAAUCCCCUCGAGAUGCAUCAAGUAAUAGUUGAAAUAAUCGAUGUAAACGACAACUCGCCGAAAUUUCCUGAAGAGAACUACACAUUGGAGGUACUGGAGUCCGCCGUGGUUGGAUCUCGAUUUCAAAUGGAAGGAGCCCACGACUUGGAUGUUGGCAUGAAUUCCUUACAGUCAUAUAAACUGAACCACAACCAGUAUUUUCGCCUGGAAACAGAGGAAUCCGGGGAGGACGGAAAAGUGCCGUUCCUGAUUUUACAACGACCGCUGGACAGAGAACACGCAGCUCAACACUGGUUACAAUUAACAGCUUCUGAUGGAGGGAAACCAUCGAAAUCUGGCACAAUUAAUAUCACCGUUAUUGUGUCUGACAUUAAUGACAACCCACCCGUGUGUCAUAAACAAAAAUACACCGUAACAAUAAAGGAAGACGCGCCUGCAGGGACAUUUCUUCUGACAGUAAAUGCAACUGACUCGGAUGAGGGAAUGAACGGUGAGGUCGAAUAUUCUCUGAGGAGUAAACUCAGAGGCUUGUCUUCUGAGCCGUUUGAUUUGGAUAGUAGAACUGGCAGACUAACAGUGAAAGGAGGCCUCGAUUACGAAGAGAAGCAGGUCUAUGAGAUUAAGGUCCUGGCUGCAGACAAAGGUGCAGUGUCUCUGUCCACACACUGCAACGUGGUGGUUAGAGUGGAAGACGUGAAUGAUAACCAUCCGGAAAUAGAGAUCACGUCCCUCUCCAGUCGCAUUCCAGAGGACGCACCUCUUGGAACAGUGGUGGCGUUGAUGGGUGUGACGGACUUGGACUCAGGUGUGAAUGGACAGGUCGUGUGCAGUGUGCCUGGACAUUUACCCUUUGACUUAAAGCCAUCCCCUGACGGACAGUCGUACUCUUUGAUCACCAAGGACUACCUGGAUAAGGAAACAAUGCACAUGUAUGAGAUCACGAUAACAGCUAAAGAUUUAGGGAGCCCCGCUCUGUCAUCUACCAAGGUGAUACAGGUGGAUGUGCUAGAUGUCAAUGAUAACAGUCCUUUGUUCACUGAGAGCCCAUACACUUUUUAUGUGCCUGAAAAUAACAAGGCUGGAAUGUCCAUUUUUUCAGUGCGUGCAACUGAUGCUGAUGGAGGAGAAAAUGCAGCAGUCACAUAUUCAUUAGACCGGAAGAGUCCAGGUCCCACUGUAACCUCCUUUUUAAAUAUAAACGAAGCCAAUGGCACGAUUUCAGCGCUGAAAAGCUUCGACUUUGAAACAGUGAAAACGUUCAAGUUCCACGUUGUCACGUCAGAUUCUGGAACUCCGUCACUGAGCAGCAACGUCACAGUGAACGUGUUCAUUCUGGAUCAGAACGACAACGCUCCAGUCAUCCUGUAUCCAGUCAGCUCCAACGAUGAGGACAAUAAUGUGACUUUUUACCUGAUGAUAACUUUGGGCUCAGUUUCAGCUCUUUUUCUCAUCAGUAUCAUCGUGCUGAUUUCAAUGCAGUGCUCAAAGUCCACAGACUUCACUUCUAAAUAUCUACAAGAGCCCAAUUAUGAUGGGACACUGUGUCACAGCAUCCAGUACAGAUCUGGAGACAAACGCUACAUGUUAGUUGGACCCAGGAUGAGCAUAGGAUCUACUAUUGUCCCAGGAAGCCAUGCCAAUACUCUAGUGCUGCCUGACAGGAGGGGGGCUUCAGGAGAGUAUCUACUGAAGGAAGUCAGAAGUGAAGUAAAACACUUGAUUUCGUAUCGUAUUGAAGCCCAGUGGCCAGAUGAUGUCAGUGUGGCCUCGGUAAUGGUUGUGUUGCUUAUCCUGCACUGGCCCUGCCCAUCUCCAGAUCAUCUCAGAUGA